AUGGCGUCACAUCGAGUUUGUUUUCGAGAAACACCCGAAUUUGAGGUAUUAAUCAACUGUAAUAGGAAACUUGUCAUUAAUUUACCGACCCAAUUUAUCUUUCAACAUUUACUUGCCAAUGGUAUCAUUGAGAAAGAUGCGAUGCAAGGUCUGCCAAUGGAUGAUACUGCUAAUAAAAUCAAGAAUCAACAGUUUCUUCUAUCUUUGCAAUCGAAAAGUAUUGAAGAUUUCUAUCAAUUUUUAACCAUAUUGACACGAGAUGAUUCACCGCGGCAAGAUUUAGCUGAUUAUUUAAAAGAUGAAUUAAGACAGCAAAUUGGCCCUAUAACUGUUAGUUCUGACGAAGAAGAUGAAAUAAAAUUGAAGGAACAAAUAGCAGAAGACAAUGAAGAGGAAGAGGAAGAACAAACAGCGGAGAGUGGCACAGCCAGUUUAAGUCUAUCAGAUGAAGAGGAAGUUAUUUAUAGUCAAGAAAAGGGCAAUGAAAUUAGUCCAUCAACAUGCUCAAGUAUGCCCAUUUCUGUGGAAAAAAAAACAACUGUCUACGCUUGGGGUGCAAAUCGUUACAGUCAGCUAGGUGGAAUUAACUUGAAGGAAGAUACGGUAUUAGUGCCAACUGUCAAUGAAAUCAUGUCUAAUCUUAAACCUAACAUGAUGACUGCUGGAUUAGGUUGUACUUUCAUCGUGACUAAUGAUGGCUGCAUUUAUGUCUGCGGCCAUGGUCAAGAUGGACGAUUAGGACUAGGAACAGUCAAUCAUGUUGUUAUCCCUAGACCGAUCCAUUUAAAAGUAUUCAUAACCAAAGUGGCUUCAUUUUAUUGUGGCCAACAUGCUCUAGCUUUAACUGGAAAUGGUAUCGUCCUAUCAUGGGGAAGUAAUAUUUAUGGUCAACUAGGUCAUGGCCAUUGCAGAUACUUUACUGCGUCACAGUUAGCUACAAUGUCAAGUUGUAACAUUUCUAAGCCAUUACUUUCAUUUUUCUUCCUCAACUUAUUAUGGAUGGAAUCAUACAUGGUGAUCGAUACUAUUAGUUCGAAGCAUAUCGUCGAUAUUGCUUGCGGUAGCGAUAGCAGUGCUGCUAUCAGUGAUAGUGGAGAAUUAUUUACAUGGGGAUGCGGAUUUCAAGGGUGCUUAGGCCAUGGUGAUACGGAGACUUAUAAGUUGCCUAAGAAGGUGGAAGCAUUUAAGGACUAUCAUGUUAGCAAGGUUGCUUGCGGUUGUUGGCAUAUGCUAGCCAUUGUCAAUCAAAAUCGUAUCUGGUCAUGGGGCCAUGGACAUUAUGGCCAACUUGGGAAUGGACAAAGCGCUAACUGCCUGCAACCGAUACUAGUAGAGCAAUUGCCGCAUAUUCUAUGGGCGAAAGUAAUUUGUGGCUGGGAUAUUUCUUUUGCCCUGUCACAAGAUGGUUAUAUUUGGUCGUGGGGCUACAAUGGAGAUUUUAUGGUCAAUGAAUGCUCACGCCUAAUAGUGGAUGAACCACAGCUACUUUAUAGACUGGCUGAUCAAGAUAAGAAAAUUGUCGAUCUUGGCGCUAGCAACUGUCAUUGUGUUGCUUUAGCUGCUGAUGGCGAGUUAUACCUGUGGGGAGCAAAUGAUAAAGGCAGACUCGGUAAUGGAAGCGAUAUUAAAGAUUGCAAUUUUCCAAAGCCUUGUACAGCAUUAGCUGAUGUCAAAUUAACCCAUUUGGGGUGUGUAGCAGCGCAUUGUACGGCUUGGAGAGCAGAAUAA